GAGCGAGGCAACCAUCAGCAGCAGCACCAGGAAAAACGAGCGGACGCCGGAGAAGCAACGGGAGGGGAGAGGAGGAUGGCAGCGGCCGCGGCGGAGGGCGCGGCGGCGCCGGUGGCGGCGGCGAUGCGGGCGGUGCUGGCGCGGGCGGGGCGCGCGGCGGAGCGGUCCGGGCGGGCGGCGGAGGCGGUGCGGGUGGUGGCGAUCGGGAAGACCAAGCCGGUGUCGCUGCUGCGGCAGCUCUACGACGCCGGCCACCGCUCCUUCGGCGAGAACUACGUCCAGGAGUUCGUCACCAAGGCGCCGCAGCUUCCGGAAGACAUCCGGUGGCAUUUUGUUGGGCACUUGCAGAGCAACAAGGUGAAAUCGCUAGUAGCUGCCGUUCCAAAUCUUGACAUGGUUGAGGGUGUAGGUAAUGAAAAGAUUGCUAAUCAUCUGGAUCGUGCUGUCGUUAGCUUGGGGAGGGAGCCUUUGAAAGUUAUGGUGCAAGUAAACACCAGUGGAGAAGAAUCAAAAUCUGGUAUCGAUCCUUCUAAAUGCGUGGAGCUUGCUAAGCAUGUGAAACUAGCUUGCCCAAACUUAAUACUGUCAGGACUCAUGACAAUAGGGAUGAAAGAUUACUCCUCAACACCGGAAAAUUUUAAGGCAUUGGCAAAUUGUAAGCUUGAAGUUUGCAAGGCCCUCGGGAUACCGACAGAACAAUUCGAACUCUCCAUGGGAAUGUCCGGUGACUUUGAGCAAGCGAUAGAGCUGGGCAGCACAAAUGUGAGGGUUGGGUCAACAAUAUUCGGACCAAGGGAGUAUCCAAACCAAAAGCAGAAUUGAAGAACUCUGUUUCAUGUGUUCCUCAAUACAGUUCUUACAUACAUUGUAUAUAUGAUCGCAUGUAAAUGGACAUGUAAAUAUCUGAUGUUUAGAAGUGUAUGGUUCCACAGAGGACACAUAUUUGGGGUAUACCCUGCUGGUAUUGCAUUACUAAGAAUGGCAUUUUACCUCGUA